AUGAAGGCCACUGCCGCUUCUGUCCUGCUGGCGCUUUCCGCGGCCGUCGACGCCCGUCCGGCUUCCAACCGGGCUCGCGACGUGGACACCCGCUUCCCAUAUACCGGUCCUAAGGUUCCAGUGGGCGAUUGGGUCGAUCCAACCGUCAAUGGGAAUGGCAAGGGGUUCACUCGUCUAGUCGAACCUCCUGCGGUCAAGCCCAAGUCCACCCACCCAACCAACAACGUCAAUGUCAUCUCCCUGUCCUACAUUCCUAAUGGCAUGCACGUCCACUACCAGACUCCCUUUGGUCUGGGCAAGCCUCCAACAGUGAAAUGGGGCACCUCCCGUCACAAGUUGAAUAAUGUGGCCCACGGCUAUACUCACACCUAUGACCGCACUCCAGCAUGCUCCCAGUACAAGGCUAUCACCCAAUGUAGCCAAUUCUUUCACGAGGUUUCGCUUCCAGACCUCGCCGCCGGUAAGACUUACUAUUACCAGAUUCCCGCUGCCAAUGGCACUACCGAGUCUGAUGUUCUGAGCUUCACUACCGCCCACAAGGCCGGUGACAAGGACGAGUUCAGCGUUGCUAUCCUGAAUGACAUGGGGUACACGAACGCUCAGGGGACUCAUAAGUAUUUGUCCAAGGCUGCCGAAAGUGUGGCCUUUGCCUGGCAUGGUGGUGAUAUCAGCUAUGCCGAUGAUUGGUCAUCCGGGAUCAUGGCUUGCGAAGACUCUUGGCCUGUUUGCUACAACGGCACAUCUAGCUCUCUCCCUGGUGGCAUUACCGAUGAAUACAAGAAGCCUUUGCCUGCGGGCGAAAUCCCGAAUCAGGGUAGUCCUCAGGGUGGUGAUAUGAGUGUUCUUUAUGAGUCCAAUUGGGACCUGUGGCAGCAGUGGAUGACCAACGUGACCAAGAAGAUUCCUUACAUGGUCCUUCCCGGGAACCACGAGGCUGCUUGUGCUGAGUUCGAUGGGCCUGGCAAUGUUCUGACUGCCUACCUGAAUGACGACAAGGCUAACAGCACUGCGGCUAAGGACGGCCUCACCUACUACAGCUGCCCGCCAUCACAGAGAAACUUCACGGCUUACCAGCAUCGCUUCCGUAUGCCCGGUAGCGAGACCGGCGGCGUCGGAAAUUUCUGGUACUCUUUUGACUACGGCCUUGCCCAUUUCAUCUCAAUCGAUGGAGAGACCGACUUUGCCUACAGCCCCGAGUGGUCCUUUGCGGAGGAUGUCAAGGGCGAUGAGGCUCUACCCAAGGAGUCCGAGACUUUCGUCACCGACAGCGGCCCCUUUGGAAGCGUUCAUGACGAGCAGUACCAGUGGCUGAAGAAGGACCUGGAGAGCAUCGACCGCAAGAAGACCCCUUGGGUUCUUGUCAUGAGCCACCGUCCUAUGUACUCUUCCGCUUACUCCUCGUACAUGAUGCAUGUCCGGGAUGCCUUUGAGGAGCUUCUCCUCAAGCACGGCGUUGACGCUUACCUGUCUGGCCACAUCCACUGGUACGAGCGUAUCUGGCCUAUGGGCCGUAACGGCACCCUCGACACCCACUCCAUUGUCGAUAAAAACACCUACCGCGCUAAUCCCGGAAAAUCCAUUACCCACAUCGUCAACGGCAUGGCUGGAAACAUCGAAAGCCACUCUGAAUUCAGUGCUGGCCAAGGGCUUAACACAAACAUCACUGCCGUCCUCAACCAGAAAGAGUACGGUUUUAGCAAAUUGACCGUUGCAAACGCCACGGCCCUCAAGUGGGAGUAUAUUCGUGGUAGUGAUGGCAAGGCGGGUGAUUCCCUUUGGCUGCUCAAGCCUGGUGACAAGCACCAUUAG